AUGGCUUUAGUUCUGAGGAAGGCUGUUUUGACGAAAAAUGUGUCGUUCUUAAAAUGCAUCAAGGGGCGAGCUUUGACUUCCGCGGGCACCAAGAAAAGCACCGCGCCGUUAUUGGCUGCGGUGAGGAGUCGCGGCCGGCGGGAGAGCCGUGGUCGCUCCGUCAGAAGCGCGAAGAUGGCACAAACGAAGGUACUGGUGACUCCGUGCGGCGGACGAGCGACUAGACGAACUGGUCGCCACUACAGCGUGUCGUGUCCCAGCCUUGUUACAGAGAAGAGUUGCCGACCAAGCGAUCACAUGGGCCCCUUUGGAACUAGAGCUGUUUCUUGCGUUUCCAUCAAAGCUCCUAUUCAAUGCCCCCCUCACUGCCCGUUAUGUGCUUUGGGUUUGCUGCAGCCCGGUACAGCUGUGGUUGGUCUGAAGAGGUCGUACUCUAAGCCGGCUGGUACGCCCCCGACGAGUGGGCCGUGUCCGUUCCCGUGCGGCCCGUGCGGCUGUCCAUCGGGCUGUGGCUGUCUGCCGCCACCCUCGAACCAGCCGCCGCGCUGCGUGCAGUACAUGACGGGCUACUAUUACUAUCCCUAUGGGUACUGGUUCUGCGGUCCUUACCACGUCAGCGGCACGUGUUAUCCAGUGGGACCGAAUGGGCCGGGGCCCUGCGGACCGUGCGCGCCAUGCGGCCCGUGCGGACCUUGCGCGCCGUGCGGUCCUUGUGCGCCUUGCAGGCCAUGCGCACCGUGUGGCCCGUGCCCUUGCCCGAAAUGCGCAGUCCCAUCUUGCGUGUGUCCUGGUGGGAGCGCAAUCGAAAAUACAGACCCACGACUUACUGCAAAGCUGAAUCCGAACAUUAUACCAGCGAAUCACCUUCCGCCCGCCCGCGAGGGUCCGAAGUUGGGUAUUUCAAAGUUCCUUCCCUUCAACACGACGGGUGCGCCCGGACUGAGCACGCCGCAGCCUGCCGACGCCAAGAAGCCGAAGCCUCCAGUAAUCUCAUCCCUGGUUUGUCCGUAUAGCACGCAAGCCCCGGGCAGCGCCGAGGCUGUGUCGAACUGCACCCUUGAGAACAAACCCAAUGCUUGGGAUGCCAUAGUAAACAAACAGUCGCCGUGCUCGCGGCAAGCGUCGUCUUGUGCCUUUCAGAGGACCGAGAGCACUCACAGAAAGACUCCGAUCUACCACAAGCGCUUGAGGCGGUUCGCUACUGAAGCGUGCCCUCCGCUCGACAAGCCGCGUGUCAUCUUGAGACGCGAACAAAGAGACCAGCCCGCUGUGCUGCCCGGAGCCUUCAAUUACGCCUCGGUGCCCGGUUUCAAGAAUCCUUAUCCACGAGCAAAAAUGAGUUUCAAGCCAUAUGAAUGA